AAAUGCACUGUACGUGUACACAUGCAUACACACAUACUGCUGAUAUUGCUCAGUGUAGUUUGUGCGGUGUGCAAGACUCUGCCCUGAUGUACCCACUGCCGUGCAAGGGCCUCUAACAGGAAAGGUCCCUCCUUCUCAAGCGUCAAACAGGAAGUUUAUUCUCUGUCCUCCAGUGACUGAUAAAGUGUUUUGCUCCUCCUUUUCAUCCACCCACCCCUGCAUGUCUGUGGAGUAUUUCUGCCUGACCUAGUUGAGCCACAUGCUGAGGAGUGUACACAGUCUGCGAAGUUAAGCGUGAUCAGCUCCAGCUACUCCACAGCAGCGUUAGAUUUUGAGAAGGAGCACCAGAUCGCUGCCGUAUACGAAUCGCCCAGGAUGUCACGGCGCAGCCUGCGUCUGCAGACCGGUGCCGGUCACUAUGGCAACGAGAGCCAGGUCGAUUACUCCCAGAACCACAGCAGCUUCACCAGCAUCAAAAGAGAGACACGGACGCUGCGGAGCAAAAAGCAACAGUCAAGUUCCAGCUCCCGGUCUCUAUCCUUGAGCCAAGCCGCCACACCGAGAAAAACCCUCUCCUUCUCAGCUGCUACUACCCCAUUUAAUAACAGCAGCGCCGUCAUUCAUGAAAGCAACACAGCGUCUGAUGGAUCUCUGCUCACCUCCAUCCUGGACCAGUCCCACCUGAGACAACGCACCACAACCACCACCUCUACUUCUGCGGAUGAACACCUUGGGAGGAGCUCCAACCAUGACCACAGCUCAUCAAGUGUAAAUGGCGACGCCAGCGCGUCAAAGUCCCACACCUCGCUCGCCAAUGGUUACAUCUGCAAAGACUGCUCUUUUCACUCUCAGAAGAUGGACUCUCCUAUCACACAGUCUUCUUCAUCAUUAUCAUCAUCAUCUCAGGCUGCAGAAGCUUGCUCGGACGCACUCUUUUCCUCCUCCUCCUCCUCCUCCUCGUCACCUUUCACAAGCAUAUACUCCCGAGACAGGAGUCGAAGGAACAAGACAGGUGUCCUGGUGUCUAUUUCUAACACGUGUGUGCACUACAGCAAGCAAGCCCUGGCCCCCAUCGUGUCCUUAGUCACCCUGCUCUUCAACAACGUGCUCUGGCUUGGUUCAAGGGCAAAGAGUCCUCCUGGAAAAGGUGUCCUUGUGUCGUUUACGGACUCGAUGAGACAAGCGGCGUCCUCCAGUUUGUCCCAACUGUGGCUGUUUAAACAGGCCACUUUCCACAGGAUGAUGGGCUACAAGGCUAAUGGCUAUGAAGGACAAGCUCACUCAAGUUUCUGUGGAAGCAUGAAUGUGAAGGAUCUGGUGACUGAAGAUGCAUCACAUCUCAAUCUCAAUGGUUCCCUGUGCGAUGACUGUAAAGGGAAGCAGCAUUCAGAGACACACACCGUCCUCCUCACACAGACCUCCAGGCAUCGACGCCUGGUGGGGGCACUGUGGAGCGUCCUAGCUUACACAGGUAACUUUCUACGCCAGCCAGGUUACUGUGUGGUGGGAGCAGGCAAAGUGUUGGGAUCAGGGGUUGGGACAGUGGUUGGGACAGUGGUGCAGAAGCUGCUCUCACUGUUUUGGAUGCUUCUGGCAGCUCCAGUGAAGGCAGGCAGGGGACUCUUGUGGUUUCUGGCAACAGGAUGGUACCAGCUGGUGUCUUUCAUGUCUCUCCUCAACGUCUUCUUUCUGACACGGUGCCUUCCCAAACUCUGGAGGCUCCUGCUGCUCCUUUUACCCCUUUUGCUCCUCCUUGCUUUAUGGUUGUGGUGUCCGUCCACUACUGCCUUACUCGCCUACCUCCCAGCCAUAAACCUAACCGAGUGGCGUCCGGCGUCUCCCUUCACCCUCCUGUCUAACUUGAUGCCAGCUUCUGCUCCGUUUCCUGCCUCUGUGCCCGUCCCUGCACCAGAGACUCCAGUGGAGUGGACCCCAGCCACCCCGGUCUCACAAGCACCACCGUUCCUUCCCCCUGUGGCGGUCUCCAGUGUGGACUUGGAGCGCCUGGAACGUGUGGAGCGCCAACUAGCCCUGCUGUGGGGGCGAGUACAGCAGGGUGACGAGAAGCAGGAGCAGCGUCACGGGGACGUUUUGGGUCUCUAUAGCACCCUGAGGGAGCAUCUCCACACUCAGACAGAGAGGGAGAGCCUGGGACUGUGGGUGUCCUCCCUGCUGGAGAAGAGACUUGGCGUGUUACGGGGAGAGCUGGAGCAGGAGAAUACAUACAGAGCACAGAGUGCAGAGCAGCAGAAACGGCACCACGAGGGUCAGGCGACACGGCUGGCUGAUUUAGAAUUGCUGCUCAACGCUCUGGCUACUAAGACUGAGGAGGUCCAACAGAAGCAGCAGCAAUAUGUGCACGAGAAGCAGGAAAGGGAGGAGGAGGUUGUCACUCCACCAGCAGAUCCAUCUCCUGUCAGUGUGGGUGUGAAGCAGGAGGACCAUGAUGCUCUGCUACUGGAGGUGCAGAGACUUGAGAUGGAGCUGGGCAAAAUCAGACACGACCUGCAGGGCGUUGUGGGAUGCAAGGGCAAGUGUGAACAGCUGGACACACUUCAGGAGACUGUAUCAGCCCAGGUGUCCUCCCAGGUGUCCUCCCAGGUGUCCUCCCAGGUGCGUAAGGAGUUAAAGGCUCUGUUCUUCGGCAGUGGUGGGUCAGGAGCAGAGCAGGGAGAGGUGCCGGAGUCUCUGAUCCUCUGGCUGUCCCAACGCUACGUCAGCACACCCGAUCUGCAGGCCUCACUGUCCUCAUUAGAGAUGAACAUCCUGAAAAACGUGUCCCUGCAGCUGGAGCUUAACCAGGCCCAAACCCUGGGUGAGACAGAGUCCCAAGCCAAGACCAUCGUUCAGACAGUAGCUGGGACUGUCCAGCACACUGCAGCUGCUGAGGGGCUGACAAAAGAGCAAGUGAAGCUGAUUGUCCAAAACGCAUUAAGGCUCUACUCCCAGGAUCGAACAGGCCAGGUGGACUAUGCCCUGGAGUCUGGAGGUGGCAGCAUCCUCAGCACUCGCUGCUCUGAGACAUAUGAGACCAAGACGGCCCUCAUGAGUCUGUUCGGCCUGCCACUCUGGUACUUCUCCCAGUCUCCUCGUGUCGUCAUCCAGCCCGAUGUGUACCCUGGUAACUGCUGGGCGUUCAAAGGCUCUCAGGGUUAUCUGGUGAUCCGGUUGUCCCUGAGGAUCUUGCCUACAUCCUUCUGCGUGGAGCACAUCCCCAAGGCCCUUUCCCCGACCGGAAACAUCACCAGCGCCCCACGCAACUUCACUGUUUUUGGUCUAAAUGAUGAGUACCAGGAAGAAGGGAAGCUGCUGGGGCACUACAUAUACGAAGAAGAUGGAGAGUCGCUGCAAACCUUUCCUGUUAUGGAGCAGAAUGACGGGGCCUUCCAGAUCAUCGAGGUGCGUGUGCUGUCCAACUGGGGUCAUCCAGAAUACACCUGCAUGUACCGCUUCAGAGUCCAUGGAGAACCACGGCCUCAGUGAACCAACACCUACCAUACACGCUCAUAUAUGACAUAUCACCCUAUCUGUACAUAACCCUCGCCGACUUCUUUAAAAACAGAGGGGACUCGGCAGUACUCAGUGGACGUUUUUGUACGAAAGACAAUGAAGUUGUGGAUUGUUAAAGGAAUGUGCCCAGACUGAAUUAUGAACAUGUGUUUUGUAAUAUUAAAAGAAUCACAGGAAUGUCUGUAUGGGGACUGUAAAUGAUCGCAGAAGAAGAAUAGAACCACGGAAGAAGCUAAAACUCCCAGUCCCCUUUUUUUGUAAAAAGGCCCCUUGCACUGAAUCGGCCCGUGAGGGGCGGAAGGCUCCACCGAGCGGACAGAUCCAUCCCCUUCCACUCCAACGGGGGAGGUGGACUCUUGAAAUGGGGGAUUAUAGACACAUCUCCACCAUUUCCUUACACACUGCAUCUCAGUCUGAUUUUGGUUUCUGUUUUUAAUCAUCUAUAUUUAACUUUGAUUUCCUGUUAGUCUACUAUUUUCAGGAUCAAAGCCACUAAACCCUUUGCCUGUGACACCGUCCAGGCAUGUCACUACCUUUUGUUGCUGUCAAGUCUCUUUAAUGAUUUAAACUGAGCUGUUUGUGUUUGAGCAGCCUGCAGGACUGCACUACAAUCUCAGUGGGUGAAUACUGGACAUGCAAGUUUAACUACAUCCAAGGCUCGGCAUCAUGCAUCCACAUCGCCAUAACUCUUUUCAUUUGGAACUGAACAUGCUGCCUAUGGACAGCCUCUGAAUGUUUCCUCAAGUGGAGGCUUGAUGCAAAUCAUCCUUUAACUUUAAAUAUAAUCACUGACCUGAGCUCUGUGUUGGAUUAGGAGGCUCUUCACUAUGUACAUUAGACAAGAUAUGUGUAUGGUUGUGGAUGGACUACAGGAUUAACUCUAGCAUGUGACUCUUCCCGAACCACACUCUUAACCUUUACAUGCAUCAUAGAUUUACAUGAGAGACCUUAUGGUUUGGGUCCUGUGCCUGGAUCUCAAAUUACUAAUGACAGAUGUCGAAAGCUAAAUUACUGUUAUUUAGCUUUCAACAUCUUGCUCUUGAACGCUAAAUAAUAUAACUACUCCUGUAGACAAGAGUGAUUUUUCUCUUCUGUUACUAUAAAGAGGGGACUCCCUCUAUCUCAGUUAUAAACGUCCUCCUCACCUGGGCUCCCUCUAUUCUGAAACCCCGAAGGAAUGUAAUCUGUACAUUUUAUUGUUGAUAGUUGGUCCUUUAUAAUAUCUGCUUUUAUCAGUGUUGCUUUAUAAAAAAAUCAUCCUUUCAUUAUUAUAAUUAUUGUUGUAUUACUACCAUUAUUUUUAUUGUUACUCAUCGUGUUGUUUUGCUUUAUUUUGUUUUGUUUUGGGGGGUUGUUGAUGUCAAAGGAUGCACUGCAAUGACUUGUUAGAGAAAUGUUUGUGGCACAAGUCUUCACAAUUUGUUUUUUAAAAUGCCGGGUGUGUGUAGUCAUUAAUUUUGGUUGCAAAUAUGGGGAAGCCUAAAUUGUUAUGUAUAAAAAAUGUUUUGUUCACAAUCUUAUUUAUUAACAAGUCAAUUAGCGACUGCAAGAUAUGAGUUACUACAAUGUAUAUUUUGUCAAAAGCUGUUCAGUGCAUUUUGAAACCAUCUUGGGACUUUUUUUUUAUGAUAAAUGGCUAUUUUUGUUCAGUCAUGAGAUGACUUAACUGCUUUGGAAUAUAUUCCAAUAAAGACUUUAAUUUUGAA